GCCACGUAGGGUGGAGAUCCUGAUCCACAUGGGCUCAACUCGGUCCCGGUCAGUCAGUGUGUGGUUGGCGCGAACCCGAACCACAAUGGCCUACGUGGCACAUUUUAAAACGGCCAAACACAAUCCCAAAGGCUCUCUGAGUCUCUGAGGUCCAGACCCAGAACCCAGCGGCUCUGCCAUGGACGCCUCGGUGUCUUCCUCCAUACUCACAGCUCCAACCCCAAAGGUUCUCUUCUUCAGAACAUCUCCGUCCUCGAAACCCACUCUCAAUUUUCGCUCUAAAUCCAAAGGGUACCUUCUGAUCGGAAAUCAGAGCUUAAAGACGAGAAGGGUUGCAGCGAUUAAUGAUGUCUCGGCUGCCACCGAUGCAGUUCCGGUAGAUCUUACUUGGCAAAUUGUAGUCGGAGCAAUAGCUGGCGUUACACCUUUUGUGGUAGCAGGGAUUGAAUUCAGCAAAAGAAUUAUAGCACAGAGAAGAUGCGAGGUAUGUGGAGGAUCAGGGCUAGUUCAGAAGAACGAGUACUAUGUGCGGUGCCCUGGAUGUGGCGGAUUUCUACCAUGGCAAUCGUGGAAGAGAUUCUUUUCUGGCUAAGUCACUCUUAUUUCCAUUGCCAUUAUGUUUUUGGCGAAGGUUUAGUCAAAUAGGAGCCUUAGUGAAUUUAAUGCUUUAAUGUAUGAACAAAUGCAAGACAAUGUGGAAGUUGUAUAAAGUUUGUAUUAGAAAAGUUCCCGCGUAUUCGGAAAGGGAAUGUUGACUAUUUGUAUUAUAGACUUCUAUAAAAUAUAUUGAACAAGUUUAGGCAAA